AUGGCUGCAGCAGUAGCCAACGGUAAUGGGGUCUCAACGCCCACGACGGUAGACGAUAUAACCAAGCCUCCAGAGGGCAUCGUUGUGCCACCGAAGGAUAUCAGAGCUAUUGUUGAGAAGACAGCAGGAUAUGCCGCUCGAAAUGGUCCGGUCUUUGAACAGCGAAUUCGCGAAAAAGAACAAAACAACCCGAAGUUCUCCUUCCUAAGCCCCGGCGACGCAUAUGCAGCUUAUUAUCUAUGGCGACUCGAUGAGAUUAAAGAAGGACGUGGCACCGACGUGUCGGCUGGCCGAACAGGCGAGGCGGUCGUCACUCCAGUACCGGAAAAGCCCAAGGGGCCGGCUGCACCACCAGAGUUCCAUUUCUCGGCGCGAAUGCCUAUUAUCAAUGCACAAGAUUUGGAGGUCGUCAAGUUGACUGCGCUAUUCGUCGCCAAAAGAGGAAAAUCAUUUAUGACGUCGUUGUCGCAAAGGGAGGCGCGAAACUUUCAGUUUGAUUUUUUGCGACCGCAACACAGCUUAUAUCAGUUCUUUACCCGACUGGUCGAUCAAUACACUAUAUUGUUGACGAAAGAAGGCAUCGAUGCAGAGACUACAGAGAACCGUCGGCUUGAAGAAGUGGAUCGAAAUAUAAAAAGCAAAUACCAUAUUUUGGACCGUGCCAAACAACGAGCGGAAUGGGUCAAAUUUCAAGAACAACAAAAGCAUAAAAAAGAGGAGGAGGAAGAAAAAGAACGUAUUGAAUACGCCCAAAUUGACUGGCAUGAUUUCGCCGUCGUGGAAACCGUCCUCUUCACCGAGGCAGACGAUCAAAUUGAAUUGCCGCCACCCGCUUCCCUGGGUGAUCUUCAGUCGGCGUCCCUCGAGCAGAAGGCGGCAAUGUCACUUAAUCCUUUACGUAUCGAGGAGGCGAUGCCUACAGACGAAGCAGAGCCCGUCUAUUACAAUGCUUAUCCAAUGCAACAAGUCGGUCCUACMCCCCAGCCACAACCCACUCAUUUUCCCGCAGAACAACACCCUACCUUCCAACCCCCGACCAUACCGACACCUGUCUCUGCAGCGAACGAAGAAGAGGAUAGACGUAUCCGCGAACGUGCCGAAGCACGCGACCAGGCCUCAGCCGCCCAAGCAGCCGCCAAAGGUCAACCGCCAUCAAUGCGUAUUCGAUCAGACUAUGUUCCACGCGCACAAUCACGACGACAACAAAACGCAGCCGUCACAGCGCUUUGUCCCAAUUGUCACCAGCAAAUCCCUGUUGCUGAAUUGGAUCAACACAUGCGCAUCGAAAUGCUGGAUCCACGCUGGAAAGAGCAACGCGAAAAGGCGGAAUCCCGUGCCGCGCAUACUAAUUUGAUCACAACGGAUGUUGCGGGCAACCUAAAACGUCUUGCUAGUCAGCGAAGCGAUGUCUUUGAUUAUGCAAAUGCAGCCGCUCCUACCGCAGCCGCCGGUGGAUACGACGAAUCUGAAGAAGAAGCACGUCGCAAAAGACUUGCCAUGAUGGCACCUCCCGGUGGCGGACCUACACCUUUCUCAGUACCAGCACCCGGUACCACUGGCUACGAAAGUGCGCCGGGUGCGCCAUCUCAUUUCUCGCACAUGCAAAUGCCGACUGUUGGUCCACCAGCAGCAGGCGCAGGUCCCGGAAUGGUAGGAAGGCCAGGCGGGCCAAAUCCGCCAACUAUGGAUAUCAAUGAGCAGAUUAGGAAUUUGCACGAGAGAUAUGGAAACAACCAACAGCAGCCGCCUGGGCAGUAUCCGCAGGGGCAAUAUCAACAGGGAUACCCGGGAAGUCACUAA